AAAUUUCGUAAACAAGGGCUGCGAGCGAAACGUACAACGCAGCAAAAGAUUCAACUUGCGUCUGCCUCGAAGGUCUCUGGUUCUAGCUGUGACCGGAUAUCCUUCCGUAGCACAUUUCUUACGAAGAUAAUCAUGGAAUUCAGUCAUUCAGUGAUCUUGCAAGUUGUUAGAAGCUGACACGGGGCAGCAACUUUGCAGCUGAUCCUAUCGUCCGUGGACGCAGUCUUUCCCGAGAGUUGCGGUUUCUUCGGCUGGACCCUUAACAAUGGAUAUGGCUCUACGGAAAGUGAAAGGCAACCUGGAACGGUUAUUCGACAAAAGCCUGACGGAUUUGGUCCGGGGCAUUCGCAAUAACCGCGACAACGAAGCCCGCUACAUAUCGCAGUGCUUGGAUGAGAUUAAGCAGGAGCUGAAGCAGGAUAACAUGGCGGUGAAGAUGAACGCUAUCGAGAAGCUGACGUAUCUGCAGAUGUUGGGCUACGAUAUUUCGUGGGCGGCAUUCAACGUUAUUGAAGUGAUGAGCUCGACGAAAUUCACCUGUAAACGUAUUGGCUAUUUGGCUGCCUCGCAGAGUUUCUCGGAGGAUACAGAAGUACUCAUGCUGACGACGAAUAUGAUACGGAAAGAUAUAACAUCACCGAAUCUGUACGAUGCGAGCGUGGCACUCGGCGGACUAGCUUGUUUUAUUUCCAAUGAUUUAGCCAGAGAUUUAGCGAACGACGCAAUGUCGUUGCUGACCUCAUCCAAACCUUACAUUCGUAAGCGUGCCGUCCUUCUGCUGUACAAAGUUUUUCUGAAAUACCCGGAUGCGCUGCGACCAUGUUUCGGUCGUCUAAAAGAAAAACUUGAGGAUCCCGAUCCGGGUGUGCAGUCUGCUGCGGUCAAUGUCAUUUGUGAACUGGCGCGAAAGCACCCGAAAAACUAUUUAGCUUUGGCCCCGACAUUUUUUAAAUUGAUGACCAAUUCUACCAAUAAUUGGAUGUUGAUCAAGAUUAUCAAACUGUUCGGGGCUUUGACGCCGUUGGAACCGCGUCUGGGCAAGAAAUUGAUCGAACCAUUGACUACAUUGAUCCACAGCACAUCGGCCAUGUCGCUUCUGUACGAAUGCAUCAAUACGGUGAUUGCCGUGCUGCUGUCCAUGGCAUCUGGAUUACCUGAUCAUACAUCAUCCAUUCAGUUGUGCGUGCAAAAGUUGCGCAUUUUGAUUGAGGAUUCCGAUCAAAACCUGAAGUAUCUAGGUUUACUCGCCAUGUCUAAAAUCCUCCAGGCCCACCCGAAAAGUGUGCUGUCUCUGAAAGAUUUGAUUCUGCAGUGUCUGGAUGAUCGGGAUGAAAGCAUUCGACUGCGGGCACUGGAUUUGUUAUAUGGGAUGGUCAGCAAGAAGACACUGAUUGAUAUUGUUAAAAAGCUGAUGGAUCACAUGGCCAAGGCUGAAGGCUCUACUUAUCGGGAUGAGCUUUUAACCAAAAUUAUUCAUAUCUGUUCGCAGAACAAUUAUCAGCACGUUGUCGAUUUCGAAUGGUACGUUAGUGUUUUGGUUGACCUAACAAAAAUGGAAGGAACUCAUCACGGAUCGCAAAUCGCUACGCAGUUGCUCGAUGUGGCUGUUCGUGUGCCGUCGAUCCGCCAUUUUACAGUGCAGCAAAUGGCUAUUUUAUUGGAAAACGCCCAUCGUCUUCCUUUGACUGCCCAUGGUAGUACCAUACACGAAGUGCUGUUGUCAGCGGCGUGGAUAUGUGGUGAAUUUUCUGACAGGCACUUAAUUGAUCCACGCUUGACCAUGGAAGCUAUGUUGAAGUCGAAGGUCAUCAGCUAUCCAGCACACGUACAGGCAGUGUACGUUCAGAAUAUCGGAAAACUUUAUUCUAAAGUCAUUGCCAAAGCGGAAGCGGAAGACGACUAUGAUACCGUGAAAGCGGUCGGGCAGAUGCUUGUCGAUCGGUUGCCCAUGUUUGUCGGCAGUUCUGAUCUUGAAGUGCAGGAGAGGGCUUCUACACUGCUCCAAGUUGUUCAGGCUUUGAGGAAAAUGGCUGAAAGGGGCGACAGAAUUGCUGGCGCUGUUCAGUUGCUGUAUUCGGGAGAAUUAAAUCCUGUGGCCGCCCAGGCUCAGCGUAAAGUUCCCAUUCCUGAUGGGUUAAAUUUGGAGGCAUGGAUUAAUGAACCUGUUGUAGCGAAAGAGAGCAGUGAAGAAGAAUCAGAUGAGGAUCUGGAAAGGGUUCAAUCGCCUAAAAAAAUGUUCAAAAAAGUUAAAAAACCGCCAGCACAUUUCGACGAAAUUCCCGAAGAAAGACAACCAAGUCGGCCUGAACCAUCGGAAAAAGAACUGGACGAAUUGCGUCAGCGACGUUUGCAAGAACAAGCUAGCAAUCCGAAUUAUCUUAAAGCAAGUGGCAAGGCUAACCAGCGUCGUUCGUCUGGCAGCAUUUUUUCUAGUCCAGAGACACCGAGCACUGAGCAGACUAGUGGAAUUAUCCCAGGACUGACAUCUUCGCAAGAAUAUAUACGAAAGAAGAAGAAAUCUGAAGAACCGGUUAGUAAAAAGAGUAAGAAAAGCAAGAAAAAGGCUAAAGCAGAAAGCGACGAGGAAGAGGGAGGCGCCGUCGCUCAUCAAGUUAACCGUGGCGCUGGGGAGAUGCCUGAAGGUGCUACGUGGUCUGACCACGAGGAAAAUGCCAAUGAUCCAUACAAAGCGUUGGAUAUCGAUAUACAAUCUCCGCUGCGAGCGGAGGAGAGGUUGCCCAUAUACGUGCACCGUAGAGUGGCUAAUCAAGAAACGUCUCCUAUGGAAAAGGAAGAGGACCCAGUAGGAAAGGAAAGAAGAAAAGGGAAAAAAGAAAAAGAGGAAAAGAAAUCUAAGAAGAAAGAUAAGGAUGAAAAGAAGACCAAAAGGAAAAAGACGGAGAAGGUCUUUGAAAAUGUCACGGCUGAAGUAUCAUUGUUAAACAUUGAGGAUAACGAAGUUCCGACGCCGAAGCCAGCGGAACUUGCCUCAGUAGUGCACGUGGAAGAGAAAAAAGAUAAAGAUGAUAUGGAUUUUUGGCUUGCUCAAGAGCCAAAAUCGGAAGUGGAAAGACCAAAAUCCUUGACCCUUAAGAAAACAUCGUCUGUAGACAAAGAGAAGCGCCCGAAAGAAAAAGAUGGAAAAAAGAAAAAGAAAUUGCGAUCCAAAACCCGUUCUCGAUCGGCCGAAGAGGAAUUAAUGGACGAAGUACCAGAAGUAGUGGAUAAAGCCGGUUACGAAGAAGCCUUUGGGCUUGAGCAAGAAGGAACAGCUAACAGUUCACCGCAGGACGAGACCACCUCAUUAUCACGAUUUAUAACGUUAGUGGAAGAUAAGAAUGUGAAAGUGGAGUACGACACUUAUAUUUCCAAUGCAUCGUCACGACAGAUUGCCGGCAAUUUUGUGUUUACGAACAAGCUAGCGGACGCAUCGUUGAAGAAUAUUACAUUUGAAGUGGUUGACUCUGUGGGCUUGGGGAUUGACCGGGAUGCAGGAAUGGAAAUGCCGGUGAAGUUCGCUCAAAUGUUGCCGAAGGCUAACUGGAAUGUGACACUGCUUUUCACGCUUAAAGCCGAUUCUGCUACGCCCCAGAGCCUACGCGGAAGUAUCAGUUACUUGAAAGUAGAUGCGACUGGCACAUCAGUGCCUGAAAUGAAAGAUUUUCGUUUCCAGUUAUCCUGCUCGUCCUUUAUGCUUCCCGUGCAAAUUUCCAACAAUGAAUAUGCGUUACUACUGGAAAGUGGUCAAUUAAACACUUCGUCCCGCAAUCAGGUGGAGGUGGGAAAAAUGAACUUUUCAGAGGUGAUUUCCCGUAUUUGUUUCCGUGGACAGUUCUAUUUGGUGGAGCAGGUGGCCAACUCGGCCACUCUGCACACCAUGUCUAUCCUGCAACAAAGAGUGGCCGUUUUAAUAAAAAUGGGAGAUGAACGAGUUACAAUUGAGGUGAAGUCACCGGAACAAGCACUGACUACUCAGUUGUUAGCGGAGACCGUGGCAGCAGUACAAUAACAUUCCGGGUAGAUGUGGGAUUUUCGUGAUUUUUUUGUGGCGUCUAAAUGUGAGUUUAAAAUUAAAUUUUCAGUCGGUGACAAUUUAUUUUCCUUUGAGUUCUUUCAUUUUGACUUUUAUCCGUUGAAUGUCUGCGGUUAACAUUUGCAUAAUUUGUCUGUUGUUUCAUUAAUCUGAUCUUUGUAUUUCAAUUGUCCGUGUUAUUUCUGAUUCCAAAAUUUGCGUUUAAGCUUUCAGCACCACGGAAACGACGAUCUUCUUAAUCGCUUAAAUUAUUAAAUACGAAAAUAAUGAGGGACUCUCCAACAACUC